AUGGCCGCCACCACCACCGCUCCCAACGGGCCCUCGGCCGCCAGGAAACCACACGCCGGCGACCCCCGGCCAACAAAGUACUACUUUGCCUACGGCAGCAACCUUCACAUCAAGCAGAUGAAGAAGCGCUGCCCCAACAGCCGCUACAUCGGCCGCGCCAGACUGUCCAACCACCGCUGGCAGAUCAACGAGCGCGGCUACGCAAACAUUGUCGAGGCCGAUGGUCAUCGCGUCGACGGCCUCGUCUAUGAAAUCGACGACAAGGACGAGGCCAAGCUCGACAUCAACGAGGGCGUCUCCAAAAACGCCUACCAGAAGCGUUAUAUGCCCGUCCUUCUCCACCGUGCCCAGGGUUCCCUCUACCGCCGGCCCGUCUCCUGGAUCGUCGAUAAGGGCGGCCCCGCUGCCGUAUGCCGCCGCAUCAACAAGGCAUCAGGCCCGGCCACCUCGGGCCCGCCUCGUCAGCACUGGGAAAACGACGUGCUCGUGUACAUCAGCCUCAACCACGUCGAGGACAGCGCCCCCAAGGAUGAGUACGUCAAUCGCCUCAACCUCGGCAUCGUCGACGCGAGGGCUCUCGGCAUCGAAGACGACUAUAUCCGCAAGUGUAUCCGCCCCUUUAUCCCCGAGGCCUCCCCCAACACCCCCAACCAGGAUCACUCGUCGGGAGAGGCGACCAGGCCCAAGUCGGCAACUCGCGGCGUCAAGCGGAGCACCCCUUCCAGGACUGGUGAGCCAUCUCCAGCCCGGAAAGGUCAAGUCACGAACCGUCCUGACCAACAGAAUCCCCAUCGAGCUCUGGUACGCAUGCCGCGUAACACCAGCAGCGAGAACGUAGGGGGUCGGGCUCAGGCGGCUUUGGCGACACGACCGCUCACUCCACUUCGGUCCAGGGCCGCACGCAGAUACUACGACGCUCCCGUCAUCACCGUCGAGGAAUACAUAGCCGAUUGGGAAUGGAGGUCAUCCAUCUGA